GCGGAGAAAGAGAGGUUUUUCACUCUUCCUGGUAAACUUUGGUGCAAGAGAUGGGAGUCACGUACUGCUCUGGAAGGGCUAAACAUUCCUGAGUUGCAAUUGCAUCUUUUUCUGAUUUUAUUUCGAAUCUGUUUAUUUUGUUUUGUUUCAUUUAGGGGAAUUAGACGUGAACUUGAUAAUGGCGUCAAGUAAAGCAGCGGAGAGUGGUCUCGAUAUGGUAGAUACAGAUGCAGUAGAGAAAGGAUUGGUCCCCGACAGUGAGGAUCCAUGGGAUGUUGCUUUGGAUGAGAUCAACCCAGGAACUAAGUGGAAAGACCGAACAACCACAGGCAAGGUCAUCUUCGUGUUCUUAACCUUGGUCCGCAUCACCCUCCUCCUUGGAUGUCUCUAUCUCUUCAUCUGUGCCCUUGACUUCCUGGCUACGGCCUUCAGAUUACUUGGUGGUGAAGCUGCCGGUGAGGUUCUUCAGAACAGUGAGCUUCUAUCCAAUCCAAUAUGUGGGUUAAUGAUUGGUGUCCUAGUUACGGUGCUCGUACAAAGCUCCAGUACUUCAACUUCAAUCGUUGUAUCAAUGACGUCAGCUAGAAUCAUUUCUGUGAAGCUUGCUAUCCCGAUUAUCAUGGGCGCUAACAUCGGAACUUCGGUCACAAACACUAUCGUGUCGCUAGGUCAGGCAAAGGAGAAGAACGAGUUCCGCCGUGCGUUCGGUGGUGCUACGGUGCACGACAUGUUUAAUUGGCUGGCCGUGCUGAUUCUUCUACCAUUAGAGGUGAUCGCACAGCCUCUCUUCCGUCUCACCGAAAAAAUAGUUGUCGGUGCUGGGAUCGAAAGAAACAAUGUCAAGAUUGAAAUUCUCAAGGUCAUCACUAAGCCAUUCACAAGCUGGGUCAUUAGGAUUGACAAAGGAGCCAUUGAAGACACCGCCCUCAACCCAAACCUUACUAAUGUCCGUCUUCUUAAGACAUGCAUGGUUGAGAUGACCAGUACAUUAGCUCCGGGUGAGAUGACCACUGCAAUGAUGGAAACAACCACUCCAAAACCAUGUUCAUGGCAUUGGUUUGCAUACUCUGGUUUGAGCGAUACUGUCGCCGGUGUUAUCAUGUUAGUAUUCGCAUUGGCUCUCCUCUGCAUCUGUUUAGUCUGUAUCGUCAAACUCCUAAACUCACUUCUCAGAGGAAGCAUAGCCCUCGUCAUCAAGAAGUUUGUCAACGCUGACUUCCCUGGUUACACUGCAUUCCUGACAGGCUACCUCGCCAUCCUCAUCGGAGCCGUCUGCACAUUCAUUGUCCAGAGUAGUUCUAUCUUCACGUCGGCGAUGACACCACUCGUAGGCAUUGGGGUCAUCACGCUCGAGCGCAUGUACCCUCUCACUCUGGGAUCGAACAUCGGAACGACCGCCACCGGCAUCAUCGCAGCCCUACCGAACGAAGGCAAGGACCUCGCCAAUGCAAUGCAGGUUGCCCUCUCGCACUUUUUCUUCAAUAUCUUUGGCAUCCUAAUCUGGUAUCCUAUUCCUUUUAUGCGCAAACUCCCAAUCGGUAUGGCCCGGGUUAUGGGGAACACCACUGCCAAAUACCGCUGGUUCGCCAUCUUUUAUCUCAUCACCAUGUUCUUUGUACUUCCCGCUCUUGCAUUCGCGCUUUCUAUCGCUGGUAACAUCUAUCUUUUCGUUAUCGGUGGCAUCGUCCUCUUCGUCUUCCUUGUUGUCCUGUUCCUUAAUAUCAUCCAGAAGAAACGUCCUUCAAUUCUACCAAGACCACUUCGAACCUGGGAGUUCCUACCCUGGUGGAUGCAUUCCCUGAAACCUCUUGAUUACGUGUUUGGAUGCAGGUGGUGUCGGCAACAACUCCAAUCCGAAAGCGACACUAAAUCAAUUGUCUAUGCUUCUAAUGGUAAAGCAAACGGAGUCAAUGGUCUUAGUAACGCAGCUUUCGAUACUCCUUUGUAGACUGACUGUUUCCAUGGUUACUGAACAAGUAUAGUUUUCAACUGUAUUUAUUUAAACAAAAAUUAAAGAAAGACAGCCUGUUCCCAUGAUCAAUGUGUGUCCAGUUUGUCAGAAGAACUCUUUCUACUAAUAAAAAGAUUCGGUCUGUGAUGUGAUGUUCAGGGCGAUUGACAGUUUAGAAAACUAUUCAAUACAUGUACAUCGCAUAACAUCAUGUGAUGCAAUGCAUACAUGUGCUUUAAGGCGCGUGAAGAUGGUAUAUCAUGUUGUAUGCUUUUGAGGAUGCAGUAUUUAUUAACAUAUCGUCAACUCCAGAUUUUUUCCCUCCAAUAAGAUACAGUUUAUCAUGUUCUAUGGUGUAGAUAGACAUUUAACACUGAUUAUUCAUACCAGAUGACUCUCUGUUUCAUUUCUAUAUACAUGAUAUAUGUGAUGAAGCGACUAUGCAUUUUAAAUAUUAUCUCCCCCCCAAAAAAUUGUGAUUGUUGAAUAAAUACAAGAUCAAUGAAAAUCUAGUUUAAUUCCUAUAAUCAUUAUGCUACCUUUUGAUUUUUGUGAGAAAAUGGUAGACUUUGUACGAAAUAACUUUUCCCUGCCUUGACAUGAAAAUAUGAAAAUCAAGUGAUAAAUUGUGAUCGAAUAAGAUCAAAAAACGUAAAGGUAAGAAUGAAAAUUGGUUUUAUAUUAUUAUGGAUGUGAUCAUUAUAACCGGUAUUUUGUACAUGAAUGAGGCUUAUACUAUUUAUGAUUUAGUUUUGUCAGGUAGCUUCUCUCUUUCAAAUUUACACAGUACUACUAUAAAACAAUGCAAAUUUAUCGUGGUUAUUAAGAGCAAUAUGAAUGUUGUACAUGUACAUAUUUAUGGGCAAUAUGCUGAAUGGUAUUUUAAUAACACUGUCAUAACCCUUUUCUCGUAGUUAUUCAUUAUCUUCAAUGCAUGCUGAAUCUAUAUCGUUAAAAAACAUUGAAAGAAAACAAAAUUAUCCAAGAAACUGAAUUAUACAUCUCAGCGCAGAUUUGAUUCUUUUUUUUAAUGUAUGGGCUUAGAAUGAAGAUGUACAGUGCGUCCCAGAAAAAAAGGAAACCGGGAUUCCCACAAGUUUCCUUCAAAGGCAAAUGAUUUAUGAUAUUUCAUUUACAUCAUCAUACAAUUGAAUUAUUCCUCUACAUUGGGAUACAUAAUAUGUGACAAACACUUCACGCAUUAAUGAGCAAGACGAGUUUGAAAUUUUAAUGUCAAAAUCAGUUUGCGCACAAAAAAAAAAUAUUUGUGAUGCGACAUCCGUGCUUACUUGACGAUUGACUCAUUAGCAUAUUCUUUUGUUCUCGUUGAUCCCUGAAAUGAGUAUGGAUUCGGAUGAACACGUUAGUUUCUGCGCAAAUCGUUUCUGAGAGGCCUCAAUAUUGUUUGUAACCUGCCAUGCAUGAAUGAUUUGCUAAGAUGUUGCUCUCAAAUUAAAGAUGAGAUUCCACUCUUAACAUGAGUAUCAAAUUCAUAGUACACCAUGUUUAAUUGUGAAUUUUUUCUAUAAAAACGUUUUUUUGUGUGUUUGUGGGACGCACUGUAUAAUGGGGUCUACACAAAUCACAAAGUGCUGCAAUUCAUCUGGUAUAUAAAGCGUGUUAAGCAUUAUGUUUCCAGUUGUCAAAUUUUAGUAAAAUAUCAAUAUAUCCAGA